UAAAGGUGGGCGGCACAGCUCAGGUGGGAGCGUGGUUGGCAGGAGCACGUCCUACGUGGGUCAUUAUGAUGCUUCAUCAAGUCUAUUCCGUUCAUGGAAGUCCUGUGGUGCUGGCGUCUUCACCUCUGACCCAAACCACCGCUCUGGCUCUUUCACACUUCCUCUUCAGUUUGACCUUUUUUAGUUUCUUUGUCUCAGAUAUCAGUAAUGUCCAGAACUGGUCAAUUCAAGAGGAAUGGACUGUUUGAACAUCACUGCACUGUCCUUUUCCAUGUCCAAAAUGGUCCCUGCCUUCUUCAGGGAUGUUUUACUCAGCAGAAGUGGAAAGUCAACAAUUUGGCAUCUUGUCAGUCUUAUUUUAGCUGGUAGUUUAAAAUGUGUUUGUGUAAUAUAGUAAAUUCCCAUCUCAGAAUGUAAAUGAUCUGCAACUGGGAGUUUCUGUUUGCAUCAGCUGGUCCACUUGAUCUUGGGUGAGGUCAUCAAUGUAGCUUUCCAGCCAUUUCUCCCCGCACACAGCACGGGUACAAGCAGUGUCAAUAAUCACUGAUCCCAAUGAGUCAGUCAUAAAUAUCUCUGCAUUUGAGAUGGCAGCCUUUGUAAACAAUGUCAUGUUACAUUCCUCUACAUUUGCGUCUUCAGGUCCUCUUACUAGUUCAGUUUUCUUGUGGGGACAGUCUUUAGUAAUGGCUGCUGUGGUCGUCCAGUUUGGAAGGUUGUGCUCCGUUUACCUCUGUCUGCCUUGUGGUCUUUGUACUGUGAAAAACUCCACGUCCUGCUUCACUCGUAUUCCGUUCGACGAGCCUGUCGUUCCCCCCCAAAAACCCUUUUUAGAGCCGACUUCAUAGAGGAGAACGUCAACUCGGUGCUGGCCGUCCAUGCUAGCUGUCUGCUUCUAUCGUCCAGCCAGGCUGUGUCUAACAGCUUAAAAGCCAGUACAGUAUCAGGAAGCGUCAUACUAUACUUUUUCAUCCGGGUGUAUCGCUGUUCGAAGUCAAUGAUGUAGUCCUCCAUGGAAACUGAACUAUCAAAACCUAAAUAGGCUUCAGGCGAUCUUUUUCCUCUUUAAGGAACACGCCGUCCAGCUUUGUCAUCAACGUUGCCAUGCCGUUAUCAUGGUCCAAAUCUUCCGCAGGUAUUUUGGUCAGCAGGUGAUAUGUCUCCCGUGGGACAUACCUGCCUCUGAUCACCUGACCCAGGGCUUGCUGGUGCCGCUGCCCAAGGUGCUGACUGGAGUGCUGCCUGUGGUGCCUACUGGGACGCUGUCCAUGGUGCUGCACUCCUGGGCUGCCACAAGGUGGAAACAAACAAACACAAAGCUCUAUACAGGGUACAGGCAGAAAGACAAAAAGAAACUAUGGACAUUUUCCUACCAAGUACAAACAAAUUCAACACAAACCCAGUCCUCAUACAAACAGCUGUUUCCACAUCAUGGAUCAGUUUCCUCUCCUGGGGCUGAAGAAAGGAGCAGCUUUUAUGGGAGGCAGGUCGUGCUGAUGGUUGGGAUAGUGGAGACUGGCAGUUUAUUGGAACAGGGAGAGGACCGGAAUGGACCAAUCAGACGGGGAAUUGGGAUCUGAGAGAUUGAGUGAGAGGAAGGGAGUGAACAAACAAAACACAGACAUAAUCCAGACCAGAACUGGAGACAUGAUGUCUGGUGAUGGAACAGUGUACGGACCCAGACGUGUGGCUCUGGACGGUCACCUGCACUACCAGACUGGGGAGCACAGGAAGGCUCAGGAGGGCUAUGAGAGGACCCUGGACUUAGUGGUGGACGCCUCAGACACACAUCCCAUCUACCUGCACCUGGGCUCCAUCUACCUGGAGGAGGCCAGGGGGAGAUGGGCAGGGUCACACACACACAGGAACCAGUCACAUGGUUUAGGAACUUCACUAGGAGGUCGUUUGGGAACAAUCAUAGUUUUGCUCAAUGGAGGACUCCCCAAGGUCUGGACCUGGACAGGAAACACCAUCACACAACAAGCCACAUUCUGUCCAUCCUUAAAGAAAGUCUUCUCUUUCUUCUGGGAAGUGAGAGCAAAGAAACACAGAUUCAUUGAGAUUGUCACAUGUCGUCCUUUCUCAUCGCUGACUCAGCUCAGAGGUCACUUCCCGCCUGGGUAGUCAACACCUCACAAAUGGCCUCCAGCGCGCGCCUCUGAUCCUGGCUGCAGGAGGGCUUCAACCUGCUCUGUGAUCUCCUACUACCCUCAACCCCAUGCCUGGGGCCCGGCGUCAUCCCUCGGGACCAGUCCAGGGAGGGACAGUCACUGCUGUCACUGCUGCUGUCACUGCUGCUGUCACUGCU